AUGAAGCUAACUUCUCUCUUCCCUCUCAUCUUUCUCAUCCCCCUCUUAGCCUCAUGCGCUGAAAAAAAACAGGUGUACAUAGUCUAUUUUGGAGAACAUAAAGGUGAUAAAGCCUUACACGAAAUUGAAGAAAAUCAUCAUUCUUAUCUUCAAUCGGUUAAAGAAUCCGAAGAAGACGCCAAAUCAUCGCUAUUGUAUAGCUACAAACAUAGCAUCAAUGGCUUCGCGGCUGAGCUAACCCCGAAUGAAGCCUCUAGACUAGAGAAAUUGGAAGAGGUUGUUUCGGUAAUCAAGAGCCAUCCAAGAAAAUAUGAAACGCAUACCACACGGUCAUGGGAAUUUGUAGGAUUAGAGGAGGAGGAAACCGACGGUGAUAUUCAAAAACACGACGUGGAUGAUCGGUUUCGUGUCGGAAGAAAGUUUUUGAAGAAGGCAAAGCAUGGAGAUGGAAUAAUCGUCGGUGUUCUCGACAGUGGGGUGUGGCCAGAAUCAAAAAGUUUCAGUGACAAAGGAAUGGGACCAGUUCCAGAAUCAUGGAAAGGAAUCUGCCAAACCGGAGUUGCCUUUAACUCUUCUCACUGUAAUCGGAAAAUUAUUGGAGCGAGGUAUUACGUGAAAGGGUACGAGAGAUAUUACGGAUCGUUCAACGUUACGGCAAACAAAGACUUCUUGUCUCCACGAGAUCCCGACGGACAUGGUUCCCACACAGCCUCUACUGCGGUUGGCCGUCGAGUCAACGGUGCAUCCGCACUUGGCGGUUUUGCCAUGGGCUCGGCCUCAGGUGGUGCACCGUUGGCUCGUUUAGCUAUCUACAAAGCCUGUUGGGCCAAACCCAAUGUGGAAAAGGUGGAUGGAAACAUAUGUCUACAAGAAGACAUGCUUGCUGCGAUUGAUGACGCGAUCGCUGAUGGCGUUCACGUCAUCAGCAUUUCGAUCGGUACGACCGAGCCUUUACAGUAUUUGCAAGACGGAAUUGCGAUUGGAGCGUUGCAUGCGGCUAAGAGGAACAUUGUGGUUGCGGCUAGCGCGGGAAAUUCAGGACCGAAACCGAGUACUUUGUCGAAUCCGGCGCCGUGGAUUAUUACCGUCGGAGCUAGUACUCUUGAUCGGGCUUUCGUUGGUGGUCUUGUUCUUGGUAAUGGCUAUACAAUCAAGACGGAGUCAAUAACGGCAUUUAAAAUGGACAAAUUUGCCCCUUUAGUUUACGCCGCUAACGUGGUUGUUCCCGGCAUUGCAUUAAACAAUUCAGCGCAAUGUUUACCGAAUUCACUGAAACCGGAGCAAGUGAAUGGUAAAGUGGUUUUAUGUUUGAGAGGAGCCGGUUCAAGAAUUGGUAAAGGUAUUGAAGUAAAACGAGCCGGAGGAGUUGGUAUGAUUCUCGGAAAUUCUCCAGCUAACGGAAAUGAAAUUCCGUCUGACUCUCAUUUCGUUCCGACUGCCGCGGUAACCCCGACCGUGGUCGAGAAAAUUCUCGAAUACAUCAAAACCGAUAAAAAACCAAUAGCUUUCAUCAAACCGGGGAAUACGGUUUACAAAAACCAACCAGCUCCUUUCAUGACCGGAUUUUCUAGCCGCGGCCCAAAUGUGGUAGACCCAAAUAUUCUAAAGCCCGAUAUAACCGCGCCAGGACUGAACAUAUUGGCUGCAUGGAGUGGAGCGGAUUCACCGAGCAAAGUUUCGGUAGAUCAAAGAGUUGCAGAAUAUAAUAUCUACACAGGAACUUCAAUGUCAUGUCCUCAUGUUUCUGGUGCAAUUGCUCUUCUUAAAGCCAUUCAUCCCAAAUGGAGUAGUGCUGCUAUAAGAUCUUCUCUUAUGACCACUGCUUGGAUGACCAAUGAUGAGAAGAAACCGAUCCAAGACACUAAUGGUUUACCCGCAAAUCCAUUUGCGCUUGGUUCUGGACAUUUUAGACCAACUAAAGCCGCGGAUCCCGGUUUAGUCUACGAUGCAUCAUACCGCGCCUACCUUCUCUAUGGUUGCUCAGUUGGUUUAACCAAUAUUGACCCGACAUUCAAAUGUCCUAGUAAAAUUCCUCCUGGUUAUAAUCUCAAUUACCCAUCAAUCGCAAUCCCGAACCUGAACGGGACAGUGACCAUUAAAAGAACGGUUACAAAUGUUGGAAAUGGUAACUCAACAAGCACUUACUUAUUCAGCGCUACACCGCCAUUGGGUGUCUCGGUUAAGGCUAAACCGAGUGUGUUGUCAUUUAACCGGAUUGGUCAGAAGAAACGGUUUAAAAUCGUGGUCACGGCAAGGAAGGACAAGAUGAUUAAUGUGACUGAAAAGGGUCAAUACCAAUUUGGAUGGUUUAGUUGGACAGAUAGGUACCAUGUUGUGAAGAGUCCAAUUGCUGUUUCCUUAGCUUGA